AUGGAAAAAGAGUGGACUAAAUUACCGUGGUUUAGUCAAGAGUACAUCAACGGUGUUACUCGAUUUUUAGACUUUGCCUUCACUAAAGGAAGUCCUCAAGGAGGUGAACUUCUAUGCCCUUGUGCUAAGUGUAAAAAUAUAUAUUGGAAAACCAGGGAUAUUAUUAGGGAUCACCUAAUAGCCAAAGGUUUUCUAGACGGUUAUGACGUUUGGGUGCACCAUGGGGAGAAACUACAAAGGUCUAUGGAAAUUGGUGAUGGGAUGGAAGAUCAAGAUGGAUCACAUGAUGACAUUCCUGGCUUAUUGCAUGACAUAUAUGGAGAUAGGGCAGAAGCACACGGAGUUGAUGAAGGUCCCAAUGACGAGGCUAGAACGUUUUACAGUUUGAUUAAAGAGGCGGAACAAGAACUGUACCCUGGAUGCAAAGACUUCUCUUCGUUAUCAUUCACGAUUCGACUCUACUUGUUGAAAUGUCUCCACGACUGGAGCAAUACGUCAUUCACUGCCCUAUUAGAAUUAUUGAAAGAAGCAAUGCCUGAUUUGAACAUUCCGGAAUCAUUUUACAAGACAAAAGCCAUGAUAAGUGGUUUAGGCCUUGAUUAUAAGAAGAUAGAUGCAUGCCCAAAUGAUUGCAUGCUAUUUUGGAAGGAGCAUGAAAAGGACAAUUCUUGCACUAUUUGUGAAGCUUCACGGUGGAAACAAAAUGCUGCAACUGAAGGAUGCGAGUCUGAGCAACCCAAAAAUGACUGUAGAGUUCCUGCAAAAGUUUUGAGGCACUUUCCGUUGAUUCCUAGACUACAAAGGUUGUUCAUGUGUUCAAAGACAGCUGAGUCAAUGAGAUGGCAUGAAGAAGAGCGCUCAAAGGAUGGAAAAUUGAGGCAUCCUGCUGACGGUAAAGCGUGGAAGGACUUUGAUGAGCUCCAUCCAGAUUUUUCUAGUGAGUCCCGCAAUAAAAUUAGCAAAAUCAAUGCUGUGAACAGAGCUAAGCAAAAGUAUAUGCAUCGGAUGGGCCCAACAAACUUUGCGAGGAUUCGUGCAAAACUGCGUGCUAAGAAAGAGGACGGAAAGGAAGUUAGCCAGGCAGAGAUGUUCAUUGAGACUCGACAAAGUCGAAAAGGAAAACAGCCGGAUGAGGAAACUUCAAGUGUAAUUUCUAAGCUUCAAGAAUCAGUUCAGAAUUCAACUGAAUCUGAGACAUUUAACUCCUUGUUUGGGAAAGAAAAAUCUGGAUGA